AUGGGCAAAUCGAAAAUACCCUUACUCUCACUUUCCAAAAUCUCAGAAAACACAAAAAAGAACCAUCUACACUCUGAUGAUAUUCACUUUGGGCUGCCCAAGCUUUUUCAGCCCAACACUGCGUUGUUCUACGACCUCCUCCGGACAUGGAUUCAAGAUUGUGACUUGCAUCAUCCCCAAUGCCGUCCCGCAGACAGAUCGCACUUUCAGGUGCCGACUCGCCUGAUUGAAGUGAGUCAGGUUGACGAUGGAAGUUCGAAGGUCUUCCUUCGCAACGCAGUGGACGCCGUGCACCCAACAGUAGGAGAGUUGAGAUACAUCGCGCUGUCACAUCCUUGGGGCAAUGGAGAACAGCACGACCACUUCUGCACCACGAAAGACAACCUUGACAGUCGACUAAAUGCCGGUAUUGAUCUAAAAGAUUUUCCCAACACAUUUAGACACGCAAUCGAGGUGACUCGAGCACUUGAUGUCCCAUACCUGUGGAUCGAUUCGUUAUGUAUAGUGCAAGGACCGGGCGGGGACUUCGACACGGAAGCCAAGAGGAUGGAGACCGUCUUCAGCUCCGCGUACUGUGUCAUUGCCGCAAGUCGCGCCAACGGAACAUCAAGUGGGUUUUUGUGGGAAAGGCCUGAACGUGAAGUAGUGAGACUGGAUGGAUAUCUUUCCCAUGAUACAGUUUAUGUCUGUGAAGCAAUUGACAACUUUCAGCAUGAUGUGAUAGAAGGGGCGCUGAACAAGCGCGGAUGGGUCCUGCAAGAGCGGGCUCUUGCACCAAGGACCAUAUAUUUCACGGAGAACCAGACGUACUGGGAGUGCGGCCAGGGUGUGCGCUGCGAGACAUUGGCAAGGUUGACCAAACAAUACUCCAAUCUCGAUUUCACAAAGAUCCAUGACCGGCCCAUAGCAAUAGCCGGGCUAGAACAACGACUAGUGAGUGCUUUCAAGACCGAAGGAGGAUACGGUGUAUUCAACGGAGCAUUCUUUGGGCGCAGCCUUUUAUGGACAAGGGAUACACAACUAAGUGAUGGCCUGAAAUUGAUUGACUUUCCACGAGAUCAGAAGUUCGGAGUUCCGACGUGGUCAUGGACAGCGUACGAAGGACCCAUUACAUACUUUGACAUACCUUUUGACCAUGUUCGAUGGACAUACAACACUGCAGAAGGAAGAAUUCAAUCGCCAUGGACGAGUAUGGAAUCAGACUGUACUUCAUUCUCAUUGCAUACAGGGGAACUUGAUGGAAGAAUUGAUCUUACUGCCCAAGCAAGGGAGAUGCUAGAUCUGGAAUCAGCCGAGGCGCAGGAAAAGGUCAUAUAUGACGAAGGAAUGUCGCCGCCAGGUGUACGUAAGCUAUGCGUUAUUGUUGGACACGAAAAGCCAAAGGAUGAAGCAGUUACGAUACAGGACCUGGACUAUUAUGCUCUACUCAUUGCUCCCUCUGCUGAUUCCAGCAACGAUUCUUACCGAAGGGUUGGUGUUGGCAGAUUAUUAGGAAGUUGGAUUGACUUUGACAAGCCUGAGUGCAGAGUCUAUAUAUCCUAG